GAUGGACCAUCACAUGACAGUCUGGGGUUUCCCUCCAGAUGCACCAGCGAACACGCAGCCGCAGUCCGCAACUGGUCGCGCCGGGUCCAGGUCUAUUCCCGGUCCAGGUCCAGUCCCUAGUCCCACCGAACAUCCAUCAUGUCAGCUUCAUGCUUCAGUUCGGUUCACUUCCUGUAAACAAACGCACGUUCCCUUGGAAGCUUCCGGCUAACCAAUAGCUAGGCUAAGCGCAGGGCUAGCGCUCCAGCAGUGACAGGAGUCCCUGCAGUCCCUGUAGUCACGGUCCCUGUCCGGCUCCGGACGGCCUGGUGUCCCGGCGGAGGCGGACUAGACUACCGUGGAGCGGUUCGCCCGGCAGCAUGGGCGACGAGCCGGCGAUGAACGGGGACCUGAACGCUAACGUUAAGACCCGGUGCUCUGCAACCGGAGACCCGGUACUGGACCAGCGGACUGAUCAGUGGCUGUCCUGGGACAAGAACCCGCAGACCCGCGGGCAGGUGGAGGUGCUGCUGGAGCAGGGGAGCAGCGAGGAGCUGAGGAGGAGGUUCAGCUCCCGGAUGGCGUUUGGAACCGCCGGUCUGAGGGCACCCAUGGGUGCUGGCUUCUCGUUCAUCAACGACCUGACGGUCAUCCAGACCACACAGGGGUUGUACGUCUACCUGUCCAGGUGUUUCUCGAACCUCGGUACCAGAGGCGUGGUGGUGGGAUUCGACACCAGAGGUCAGGAGGCCAGCGGCUGUACCAGCGAACGGCUGGCCAGGCUGACAGCGGCCGUGCUGCUCAGUAAAGACGUUCCAGUGCUGCUCUUCUCCACCUACGUCCCCACACCAUUCGUGGCCUACUCUGUAAAGAAGUUUGGAGCUGCAGCAGGGGUCAUGAUCACCGCUUCACACAACCCCAAAGAAGACAACGGCUACAAGGUGUAUUGGUGUACAGGAGCGCAGAUCUCCUCCCCUCACGACAAGGAGGUUCUGCGGUGCAUCGAGGAGAGCGAGGAGCCCUGGAGUGAUGCAUGCUGGGACGCAGGACUAGCUGACCGCUCCCCUCUGAGGACAGACCCCCUGGUGGAGGUGACCAGCAGCUACAUGGAGGAGCUCAAAGACCUCUGCUUCCACAGGGAGCUGAACCUCUGCUCUCCGCUGAGAUUCGUCCACUCUGCGUUCCACGGCGUGGGGCAUCGCUACGUCCAGCAGGCCUUCAGCGUGUUCGGCUUCCCCCCGCCCAUCUCCGUCCCGGAGCAGAGGGACCCCGACCCAAACUUCUCCUCCCUGCGCUGCCCCAACCCUGAGGAGGGCCACUCUGUGCUGGAGCUGUCUCUUCGUCUGGCGGAGAGCGUUAGCGCGCAGGUUGUGCUAGCGACGGACCCUGACGCCGACCGCCUGGCCGUCGCAGAGCUGCUACCAGGGUCGGACUGGAAGGUGUUUACUGGGAACGAGCUGGCGGCCCUGCUGGGAUGGUGGAUGUUGUUCAACUGGAGGGAGAGGAACCCCCCCCCCGCGGACCCCAGCAGCCUCUACAUGCUGGCCACCUGCGUCUCCUCACGCAUCCUGAGGACGAUGGCGCAGCAGGAGGGCUUCCGCUUCGAGGAGACGCUGCCUGGGUUCAAGUGGAUCGGUAAGAGGAUGGUGGAGCUGAGCAACGCCGGACACCAGGUCCUCUUCGCCUUCGAGGAGUCAAUCGGGUUCCUGUGUGGGGCCAUGGUUCCUGAUAAGGACGGGGUGAGUGCGGCCGUGGUGGUGGCAGAGAUGAGCUCCUACCUGCAGACCAAGCAGCUCAGCCUCACCCAGCAGCUGCACUCCAUCUACCAGAGGUACGGGUUCCACGUGUCCAGGACGUCCUACCUGCUGUGUGACCACGCCCCCACCGUGCUCCGCAUCUUCAGUCGGAUCCGGAGCUACGAGGACGGCUCGUACCCGCGCUACUGCGCCGGUCAACGGGUCGUCUGCGUCCGGGACGUUACCGUGGGUUACGACAGCAGCCAACCAGACCACAGAUGUAUGCUUCCAGUCACGAAGAGCAGCCAGAUGAUAAGCUUCACUUUAGCUAACGGUAUCCGAGCAACGCUGAGGACCAGUGGAACCGAGCCCAAGAUCAAAUACUACUCCGAGUUCUGCGCUGAGCCCGGAGAAAGGGAGGUGUCUCGUUUGGAGGCGGAGCUCGAGGAGGUGACUCGAGUUCUGGUGGCGGAACUCCUGGAGCCUGAGAAGAACCUCCUGAUUGGCCGAUUAGCCUGAUCGUAUCUGUCUCUGUCUCUGUCUCUCUUUGUCUGUCUGUCUGUCUGUGUGUGUGUCUGUCUGUGUGUCUCUGUGUCUCUCCCCUCCCUGGGAGGGGAGGAUUAUAAUAGCACUGGGCUCAUAGAGCAGGUGAACCUUCAGGGUCCUGAUGUAGUCACAGAGCCCUCCUCAACCUCCUUCAGGGUCCUGAUGUAGUCCCUCCCCCUCCCCCUCCUUCAGGGUCCUGAUGUAGUCAGAGUCCCUCUCCCCCCUCCCCCUCCUUCAGGGUCCUGAUGUAGUCAGAGUCCCUCCUCCACCUCCUUCAGGGUCCUGAUGUAGUCAGAGUCCCUCCUCCACCUCCUCAUGGUGGUGUUGUGUUUGACGUAGCGCUGCUCUAGCUGUCCCUCUAGUUCCACUCCUGCCUCAGACUGUCUGAAAGGCUUAUUUAUUUUUCUAUGUACAUAUCUAAAGCACAAGGCGAGCUCUGGGCUGUUGUUUAGAUCGCUGAUCGCUGGUCAAUGUGGGGUCUUAGUGGACGUACCAAAGUGUGGCGGGACUAGGGAAGAGUUCUGAUUUGAUACAGAUUAGACAUUAUAUAAUAUAAGACAAGUGUUGUUGACUAGACUGAAUGUAAGAACCGAUGGCCGAAUGCUGGUGCUCCUCAAAUAAAACCAAAUGAAGCCACAAUGAACUCGACAGUUCUCAAUUCAACUCAUUUAAUAAACAGUACCGAGAUGUCCCCCAGUUAUCUUCAGCUGCCUCAAGGCCUUCUGGAUAUAAAGCAGGCUUACAUCGUGUCUGAUGGCCAAUCCCCCCGUCACAUCGAUGCAGAACACAUCUUUACAAUGUCCAACAAGGCUCUUUCAUCACCCAUCAAGUGUGUCAUGUUGUGGUGACUCUCUACACACUGUCCCUCCUCUGAGACCAUACACCGUGCUCCAAUCACUGAGGACUGCAGACCCAAGCUGCAGGGGAUAUGCCUAGGACUUAUGAAACAGAAUCAUUGUCAUCAUUAUGUAACUGUACAUUUAUGAUACAGACGACAUGCUUAUGAUGUAUGAAACACUAGAUUUAUGCACAAAAUAUAUUCUAACUGAUGUAUUUGUACAUUGAUGCAGAUUAAAUACAUGUUACUAUGAGAACUACAUGUAUGCUGCACCAGACAUUAUUUGGACUUAUGAAACAUCAGAUUUCUUCCCCCCGUAUUGUCACCAGAAGUGGGUGUGUGGUCUGACCAGCGGCGGCCUCCCUGAGUCUGGCCCCAUGGUUCUGUGGGUGUGUGGUCUGACCAGCGGCGGCCUCCCUGAGUCUGGCCCCAUGGUUCGGACGGUUCUCUGUAGAGGCCGUGUCUCAGGUGAGGGGCCGCACCUUGCUGCCCCCCAGCCCCCGGAGAAGCUGGCUGUGGAUGCGCCGCAGGUUCAUCCCGUAGACCAGAGGGUUGACGAGGGGCGGGACCACCAGGAACUCGGCCGCCAUCAGGUUGCUAAGCGUCGCGAGGUUGGACGUGUUGCCGUAGCGGGAGAACAACGUGUCGAACAGCAGCGACAGCGUGAACACGGUGAGCGUGGUGACGUGCGGCAGACACGUCUGGAAGAACUUGCGGCGGUUGGUCUUGGAGGUCCGCGAGGCCUGGAUGAUGUUGGCGUAGGAGACGGCGAUCAGCAGCGCCUGCAGCAUGUGC